AUGGACCCUGGCACCAGUACCCAGUAUUUCUGGACCACUGAGGCCCAAGGGGAACCCACAGAUGCAGCUGCUGGACAUGAAUUCUCUGACAACUGCACCAACGAACCUGCAACCUUGACCAAGGAAAAACCUAAGCAGAAGAGGCAGAGGAGCAGAUCUUCAUCCCUGGCCCAAAGGAACAUCGUGGGCUGCAGAAUUUCUCACGAGUGGAAGGAAGGGGAUGGGCCCAUCACCCAUUGGAGAGGAACCGUUCUUGAUCAUGUUCCUAUAAAUCCCUCUCUCUAUCUGGUGAAAUACGAUGGGAUAGACUGUGUCUAUGGGUUGGAACUUCACCACGAUGAAAGAGUGUUGUCCCUUAAAGUGCUCUCUGAUACAGUAAAACCAUCCCCAGUCCCUGACCCUAACCUUGCUGAUACCAUAAUUGGCAAAGUGGUGGAGCACAUAUUUGAGGGAGAACAUGGCUCCAAAGAUAAAUGGAGGGGGAUGGUUCUGGCCCAAGCCCCUAUCCUUAAUGCCUGGUUUUAUAUUACCUAUGUGAAUGAUCCCAUCUUAUACAUGUACCAGCUUCUGGAUGAUUAUAAAGAGGGCAACCUUCGUAUCCUGCCAGAGUACAAUGAGAUUCCUCGACCAGAUUUAAACCUGAAAUUUAAGGAUGGUCUGAUAGGCAAGAUUGUGGAAUAUACCCAAGACGAUGGUUCCAAAAGGACCGGCAAGGUGAUUGGCAAAGUAGAAGCCAAACAGUCAGUGUACUUCAUCAAAUUUGACGAUGAUUUUCAUAUCCAUGUCUAUGACUUAGUGAAAAAUGUCUAA